AUGUGUCCACCGCCGGCAGCCACGUCGCCCGGCCAAUCGCGUGCUACCACGUCAUCUCCGCUGCCGCUUCUAGCCAACCGCGCGCUGCCACGUCACCCCGCCGCCUUCUCCACCGCGCCGCACCACGCUAGGCCCGUCGAGCCCAUCGCGGGCCCGCGGGGCCCGUUCGCCGCCGCCGUCCGCCCGAGGCGCCCGCGCAGCGCGGCGCCCGUCUGCCUCGCUCCCCGAGCCCUGCUCCAGCCCCGCCGCUGUUCAACCGCGUCGCGCCGCCCGAGCCGCCGGAGCGCGCCCGCGCCUCGCCUCCUCUCCGCGCUGCCCACGACCCGCAUCGCCGCCCGACCUCGUCGUCGGCGGAUCCGGGGGCGCCACGCCUGGAUCCGCCCGCCCCCGCUCGCCGGCGAACCUCCUCUCGCCGGAGCUCCAUGGGGCGCCGCCGCAGCCCUGCCUCUCGCUCCCGAUCGGAUCGGCAGGAGAGCUGAGGAACCAGCCCGUGGGCCCCGCCCCGCGUCCGGCCCGUCUCCAGCCGCGGCCCAGCCCAGCUCCGCCGCCCUGCCCGACUUCCUCUCCAACUGGGCCGAAGCCCACUAG